AUGGCAGCAUUGAGUGGCCUGCCCCCUGAGCCAAUCAUCGCCGCCGUAUUUUCGAUAAACCCCAACGACCUGAAUGGCCUGGACCAGAUCUGGGUUGCAUACAAGGCCUUUCGAGUUCUCUGGUUUAAGGCCUUCACGGCUCCUGCCACGGCAGGUCCCGACGCCUCGCAACGUGGCAGAUCAGUCAAAUUCGACUCUUGGAGGAUCCUUCGUUACAUCGAUCGCAUCAAAAAUGUCAAUCUGUGGGGGGACCUGGUCUACGACCUCGGGCUGGUCAGGGAAGGCCUCAUCAGCCCGGCCGAUCUCAAGUACGUGUACUGCAUGAGCCAUGAGGUCUUGGAAUACAUGGUUGAAGACAUCAACUGCCAGCAUGACAUCCACUGGCUCAACGCCUAUAUCGGGAUGCGCCGGCUCGUUCCUGAAGCCCAGUACGUGCUGCUCAAGACAGCCGUCCAGCGCGCAGCCACGGCCAUGGAGCGCUUGCUGGACGUCAAGAAGGUGCACGCCAUGCUCCCCGGGAGCGUCCGGGUCGGCGCGAAGGAACUCAGAGAGUACGCAUCCAAUGGCAUGUGCUUCCACGAGCUUCAUAGCGCCUUGUGUGUCGACCUGAACGCCUUGAGAGAUGGAUCCCGCGCCGUCGUUAAGCGUCUGCCUGAAUCAGCUUGGAGGCGUUCCACCGUGGAGAUUGCUGGGAAGCGCGUGUGCGCGUCUGUAGUUGUGUAG